GUUAAAUCUCCAGCCAGGAUCUCUUCACGCGAGAGGAUAAAAAACAGAAGAGCCCGACAAGAUCUUCUGUCGCUGCCGUUGGAAAAAAACACAAAAAGAUUGAACCAGAAAGAGAGUCAUUUGGCCUUCAGCUGAUCCGUGCAGACACAGCAUGUCUUUCUGUCACUUUUCCGGCGGGGAGGUCUUCAAAGAUCAUUUCAAACCAGGUAUGUACGUGUGCUCCAAGUGUAACCACCCGCUGUUCUCCAGCCGGUCCAAGUUCGCCCACUCGUCUCCCUGGCCGGCUUUCACCGACACCAUCACAGAGGACAGCGUCACCAGGAUGAUGGAGUCUCUCACUGCCUACAAGGUCCUGUGUGGGAAGUGUGGCAGCGGGCUAGGCCAUGAGUUUGUAAACGACGGCCCAGGGGAAGGAGUCUCACGCUUUUGAAUAUUCAGUCACUCGCUCAAGUUUGUCCCCAACAAAGGCAAGGACAAGCAGUAAAGAGCGAGGUGUAAGUGAGUUUUGACUCUGGCUGCUGUACCUGCUGCUCAGUCCUGGACCAGUGAACCGGUCGGGUCAGUGGGUGACGUGGACGGGACAAAGGCCCGGCAGGGACAUCCUGUCCACUGAGGAAUCUUUGACCAGCCUGUGACACUGUGAAAGGACCACACCUCUGCAAAUAUUCCUUUAUGGAAAACAAAUGUUACAUUACUGGAAUACCUCAUAUUUUAAAUUAUCUGAACUCCGGGAUUAUAAUUUUAUCAGCAGAUUUACAUCAUUUUAGCAAGGAAUGAGGAAUUUAUUGCUGUUAUCUUUUACUCCAUUUUACUUCCCAAGGCCGAAUGUAACCAUAUUAUCUAUGCAGUGAAGAAUUUCCCAUUUUUUCGUCAGUCUGCUCUUUGAUAUCUGUUUUGUUUGUUGAUUUCAAGAUAAUGCCACAGCAAAAAAACUAAUCAUUUCUUUCUCCCCUUUUGUUAUUUACUCUAAGCCAUUGUACAUGAAAAGAAUACGAAAAUGCAAAAGCAGUCAAUGUCUCACAACUUUUGUUCAGUUGCAUUUUAUUUUGAAAAGCUUACAUUAGAGUUUAGAGUUUAGUGGACAAAUGCAAAUUUUGCACAUGGAUGCUCCAUACAGGAUAUUGAUGCUCACCUGAAAGAACAAACAAUAAAUUAUAGUUUGAUAGAU